GGGUGGGUGGGAGGGAGAGCUGCUACUGACACAGGCAGACACCAUGAACCCCCUCCUUGUCGUCAGGAUCCUGCUCGGGCCCCUGCUUGGAGCUGCCUUGGGAAACCGCAUGCGGUGCUAUGACUGUGGGGGAGGCCCCAGCAGCCCCUGCAAAGAGACUGUGACCACCUGUGGUGAGGGCAGCCGCUGUGGCUUCCUGGAGCUCAAACCCCAGCCAGGCCUGGGACAGACCAAGCUGUCUGAAAAAUCCUCAGUGACCUUCAUUCGUCACCACCCAGCCUGCGUGGCGGCCCAUCUUUGCAAUCAAGUGGAAACAGAGUUGGUGGGAGACGUGACUUACACAACCCAUAGGGACUGCUGUGUCGGAGACCUGUGCAACGGCGCAGUGGCGAGCACUGCAGCCCCAGCAUGCAUCCUGGCUGCUGCCUUCACUGCCUUGGCCUGGCUCCUGCCUGCACUGUGGAGAGGGCAGUUGGAGUAGGGGAAAGGAAGGGAGCAAGGGAAUGGAGAUGAGGUGAGAAGAUAAACACUCCUCCAUGAUCCAUUAAAAUCUAUCAACCACUC